CUCCACAGCUAGACACAGAGUCAGCACAACCAACUUAACCAGAGGUGACAGACAAAAGCAUCUUUUGCGGACUCGGGACUUGUUUUGUAAGAAUGACAUCGUAUGUGCAACAGGGACUCUCUCCGACUCAGGUAGGAGCCCAGUUCCAGAGCAUGGGUACUCAGGAGCCGCAGGAGUUCAGCCUGUACAAUGACAGCUUCUACAGUCCGCCACCUCUUUCAAGCCCGCAGCAGACCUUACCACCCACCUACGACCUUGGAGACUAUGCCAGCUCAACCCCGAACCCCUACCUGUGGUUCAACAGCUCAGGGAUGAACGGCAUGCCUUACCUAGGUGGGGCCCCAAGGACAGCGGGCGAUCCAUUUGCAGGCCAGCACUAUGGCAUGCCAAGGCCAUACCUGGGCACAGGUGCCACUGGAGGAGACCUGAGCUGGUUUUCUUUGCCCUCUCAGGAGGAUCUCAUGAAGCUUGUUAGGCCACCAUACUCCUACUCUGCCCUCAUUGCCAUGGCCAUACAUGGGGCCCCAAACCGCCGGCUGACUCUCAGCCAAAUAUACCAGUAUGUGGCUGACAACUUCCCCUUCUACAAUAAGAGCAAAGCUGGUUGGCAGAACUCUAUACGACACAACCUAUCACUCAACGACUGCUUUAAGAAGGUGCCCCGCGAUGAUGAUGACCCUGGCAAAGGUAACUACUGGACCUUAGAUCCAAACUGUGAAAAGAUGUUUGACAAUGGCAACUUCAGGAGGAAGAGGAAGAGAAAAUCGGACUCCCUGAUGAGCGAAGGGGAGAAUUGCAGCCCUGCCGGUCCGACCUCUGCUGAGUCCAGCCCCAAAGGCCACCUGGCUGAGGCGCACAGCCCCUCCGAUGGGGGCUCCACGCAGGACUCGGUGGGCCCCUCCCCCUGCCUGAAGAGCUUCCUGACCCAGAUGACGGAGGUGUCAUCGAGUGCAGGUACGCUAGUCGGGGACACAGUGCUCCGCCCCUUGCCCUUGGGUUUGCCUCUCGAAGGCUCUCAGAGGGCCUUGUCGAGCGAGGGCUUCGGCCCGUACUCCCCCAAUGCCACGGUUCCGCAGUGGGAGGCCCAGAUCCCUCCGCCUACUGCACUCUCCUCAUCGCCGUCACACUUCUCAGGCGUCUACACCGACUCCCUGCUCAACCAUUUUGGCAGCAACUCCUAUCCAGGCCUGGAGCCGACCGGACUGGUGUACCCACGGGAAGGGACAGAGGUCUGAGACAGGCAUGCGCUGAAAAGUUUUACGGACAAACUCGAAACACAGGCAGACAUGUCACGGGACAAGGCCCUCAGGGCGUUAGCCUGCAGGGCACGUGAAGAGUGCAGCUCAUGAGCAGACUGAUAGUGGCUACCUGACUCAGCAGGCAAGCAACACCCCCUUCUCUCCACUCAACUGCUGUGCAAAUGCUUACUCUAUCUGGUCUUAGCGUUGGCUGCUGACAUGAUGUAAUUCCAGCCAAAAAAAAAGACUGCCCGUUUACUGUUUGUUUGAUGAGCACAUCUGAGAUUACCACCAAAAACUGCCAGUGCUGGUGUAGUUAAAUAUUAUGAUGAACAAUUACAUGCAUUAUGAGAAAAAUAAAAACUGUGCUAAAUUAUAUUCUAUAAUGUUGUUUGUCAGUCAGUGCAGUAGUUAAUAGAUUUUGUGUUUGUGUUUUGUAUUUUCUUUGUAAUAUAUAUCUAUGAGCCUAUAUCUAUGCACUGUAUUUAUAUAGAGCUGACUGUAUUUCAACAACUUGUCAUCAACAUUGUAUAAUAAAAGCGUGUUAAGACAUCCAA